AUGGCCUCCCAAAUAGACCCCGAGCGACUGCCGCAGUACGUCCAUUUCCACCGGACAUUCCGUCAAGUCGACGAUUAUACGUGGAUCAUUGGAGGGAGAGUCCUCAUCACGCUUCUUGCAGCGCCCAAGGACAAGACCAGCUGGCCCGUCGGGGACGGAGUGGGCUGGUAUCACGCUUCCGAGGCGCCAAACCCGCGCCCGAAAUCAACCCCCAUCCAAGAUUCCAGCAGGUUCAAGCUGGUGCGUUCCUGGCAGGAGGAGGGCGCCAUGUGGGAGAUUGGCCAGUGUGUGCUCAGGGCGCAGCUCAGGAUAGGGAGCCGCGACACCAAGGAGGCAGACACUUUGAGAGCCCUCGAGGGGUGGCCCCUGAGCCUCCAGGUGCCUGUCGUCCACGCCGACUUUGAGUUUGACGGGUAUGAAUACGUCAUCUAUAGCAAGCUUGAUGGCGUGCCCCUCAACAAAGUCUGGGGGAGCCUGGAUGCAGACCACAAGAACCGCUGCGUGCUCCAGAUCGCGAGAUUCUGCAAGGAGCUUGCGACGUGGGAGCGCCAUAGCCUCGAGGGUGUCGGGGGUGUCAACGGUGGCCACAUGCGUGACGCUUGUACUCUCGUCCAUUACUGGACAACGAGCAACACGCCUCAGGUGGUCCUCGAGAACUGUGUGGCCAUGGGCAUGGACUGCUCCAGGCUGGUGUUUGCCCACAAUCUUCUGUCUGCCAGCAAUGUAGUUUUCCACCCCGAGAAAUGCGUUGUUGGCAUCCAGAACUGGACUUGUGCCGGUUUCAUCCCCGAAGAAAAGAUCAGAGGAUGCGUUGGCCUGUAUGAUGACAACCUAAGGGAAGACUGGAAGCGCUUGAUGCAAAUGGCACUGAGCGCCGAGGGCUUCUCUUUCCCUGAAGGCAAACCGUUCAAGGAUUGGAAUGAGAAGAUGCAGCCCGAGCGUAGCAUCUUGCAGAGUCAAUACUGGGCGACGGUGGGGAGGGAGAGGAGAUUGAAGGCCGAGGAACAUAUUCUCGAUGUCACCAAGCCAAGCGAGAAUCCUGGCGUGCCUCCCUCUUGGGAUGAUACGCAGCCAGAGAUUUAUCCAGACCUCACCCUCUCUGUGCCCCAAAUGAUUAUGAGAUCAUUUUACUAUCCCUCACUAUAA